CAGAUUUUCGGUGUGGACUGUAGUGGAGAUUUUUGGAGGCUGAGAUAGUGGGACGUACGUUAUUUUUUGGAGGAGAACAGAGUGAGAGGCCACGUUUGGAAAAGUUCUCCACACGCAUCGUUGAAAAUUACAACAGGUUGACGUGUCACCAUGACAACAGAAACCGGCUCUGAGACAGAGGUGAAGGAGAAAGCCGAGGAGUCAGCUGCUCAGCCCGACCAAUCGGAGAAGGCUACGGAAGAAGCCCAGGAAGUAACCAACGCUGAGGGAGAGGAGAAGGAAAAAGAGAAGGAGAAAGAGGGAAAAGGAAUAGCUCGAUACCUGCCAACAUGGCUUAAGAAGCAGAAGUCUCAGAGCCAGACCUCCCCGACCAAGGAGGAGCCACCCACAGAGGAAGCCGUUAGCAAGGUGACACAGGAAGAGGACGGGCCUGCCCCAGAAGUGAACGGCCACGCAGAGGAAGAGGAAGAGAAGGAGGCAGUAAAGUCGGAGGAAGUGCAGGAAAAAGAAGCUGAAUCUCAUUCCACCGGCAGCGCAGACACUGAGCCUGCCAAGGAGGAGAAGGUAGAAGAGAGUACUGAGAAAAGUCCCGAGGAGGCCACGGUGACAGCAGAAGGAGAGGGAGCAGAGGAGCAGAAGGAGCAGGAAGGAGAGGUGGAAGGUGAAGCGGAAGAGGCGGAGGAAGGCCAGACCUCUAUUUUCCAAUCUCCUCUUCGUCUGGUGAGGAAGACCAAGAUGAAGCUUGUGGUGUGUCGCGUGACCCUCCUGGACGGGACAGACUUGACCUGCGAGGUGGAGAAACGUGCCAAGGGCCAGUUCCUGUUCUUUAAGGUGUGUGAGCACCUUAACCUGAUGGAGAAGGACUACUUUGGACUCUCAUACACAGACAGCCAUGAACAGACGUGUUGGUUGGAUCCCACUAAGGAAAUCAAGAGACAGAUACGCAGUAACAGCUGGCAAUUUGUGUUCAACGCCAAGUUUUACCCUCCCGACCCCUCACUGCUCACUGAAGACAUUACCAGGUACCUGUUGUGUCUGCAGCUCCGGGAAGAUGUGGCUUCAGGACGACUGCCUUGCUCUUUUGUCACUCACGCUCUGCUGGGGUCUUACACAUUGCAGGCAGAAGUUGGUGACUAUGAACCCGACCAGCCUCGGCCUCUGGACAGCGUCAGUCAGCUGACCUUUGCACCCAAUCAGAACAAAGAGAUGGAGGAGAAGAUUCUUGAACUCCACAAGUCUCACAGGGGAAUGACACCAGCACAGGCCGACGUCCAGUUUCUAGAAAAUGCCAAGAAACUGUCCAUGUACGGGGUGGAUCUGCACCAUGCUAAGGACUCUGAGGGCGUGGACAUCAUGCUAGGCGUGUGCGCCAACGGACUCCUGGUUUACAAAGACAGGCUUCGGAUAAAUCGUUUCGCUUGGCCCAAAAUACUCAAGAUUUCAUACAAGAGGAACAACUUCUACAUUAAGAUCAGACCAGGAGAAACGGAGCAGUUCGAGAGCACGGUGGGAUUCAAACUCCAGAAUCAUCGCUCUGCCAAAAGGCUGUGGAAAGUCUGUGUGGAGAAUCACAGUUUCUUCAGGUUAAACGCACCAGAGCCUCCCACCAAGGCCCGCUUCUUGACUCUGGGCUCCAAGUUCCGCUACAGCGGGCGAACCCAGGCCCAGACCCGCGUGGCCAGCUCUCUCAUAGACCGGCCCGCACCCAACUUCGAACGCACCUCAUCCAAACGUAUCAGCCGCAGUCUGGAUGGAGCACCAAGGAUCAGCAUAACUGAAGCUACAUCUGAGAACGGACGUGAGCCCCACCUGGAGCUCCACUCUGACUCUAAGGUUAAGGAGGUGGACUUAAGCCCUGGUGAUGCGGAAGCAACGCCCACCCAGUCACUCGGAGCCAGCGAGCUUGCCUCCUCUCAGGACCAUGAUAAGACCCAAGAAGACGUUCUGAAACACCAAGCUAGCAUUAGCCAGCUAAAACGCUCCUUUAUGGAGGCGCCGCCUCCCUCUCCUCCUCAGCCCAACCAGUGGGAGAAACGUCUCACCUCCUCUCCCGCUCCAACGAUACGUAUUCAACAGCAACAGCAAGUGAGCCUUGAAGAGGAGAUAGCUUCUGUACUUUUCAGUAGACACUCUGGCACUGGCUUUUGUUCAGCUCCAUCUGCCUGCAGUAUUCCCGAACCAACUCUAGAUGCUGAUAUAACCACGUCUACUACUUCCACUGCCGUCUGCAGUACCGCUGCUCCGCACGGGCUUCUUAUUUCCUCAACUGCUACAUUAUCUGCCUCUGAGGAGAGUGCGCCACAAGCGGAAGACGCCGCUGCUGAUAACACGAUCUCUGAUACCAAAGAACCUGCAAAGACGGCCGAAGUUGAAAUUGAAGAAACCGUUGUCGUCCAAGAGGUUUCCAUAGCACCCAAACCUGGACUUGUCACGGUUACGGGCCCGCAUGCAGAGCAGGAAACAAGAGAGCAGGAAGUGACGGUGGAGCAGGAAGUAGUGGUAGCGGAGGAAGCGAAAGCGGCAAAGCAGGAGAGCGUUUCAUCCGAGAGCGAGAGUGAGGAAGAAGCGGAGUACCAUCCGAAUGUCUCCGUGUCCAUCUGCCACACACAAAUACCAGAGGAGGAAGAGGAGGAGGAGGAGGAGAAGAGUCUGUCGGUUCCAGACGCUCCUUCCCUUCCAGCUGAAGUCCAAACUGUAGAGGCGACCGGUCGAGAGGGAGAGGAGUCCAGGGAAGAAGCCUCAGAGUCAGAGAAGAAGAAUGCAGAGGUGGAGAAAGAAGCUGAGAGCACCGAUGAUCCAAUGACGACAUUUGACGAAACUCCCAAUGGUCACGCUGUGCCAGAGGACAGCGUGACCGGGAUGUUCGCAGAGGAAGAGGAAGAGCCUAAAAUGAACGGAGAAGCCUCUCUGGUCGAAGCAGAACUCCGGCCCCAGGUUAUUUGUUGCUCUGAGCCACCUGUGGUAAAGACAGAAAUGGUGACUAUAUCUGACACGUUUGCAGCCCAGAAAACUGAGAUAGCUACAAAAGAAGUGCCCAUCGUACAUACGGAAACCAAGACCAUCACAUACGAAGCCGCACAGUUGGAUGGUAACGGCGAUGGCGAGCCUGGAGUGUUGAUGACUGCUCAGACGAUCACUUCUGAAUCUCUGUGUACUACUACAACCACACACAUUACCAAGACGUUAAAGGGCGGCCUAUCAGAGACGAGAAUUGAGAAACGCAUCGUCAUUACUGGUGACUGUGACAUCGACCACGACCAGGCACUGGCCCAGGCUAUUAAGGAGGCCAAAGAGCAACAUCCUGACAUGUCUGUUACCAGAGUGGUGGUUCAUAAAGAAACUGAACUGGCUGAGGAGGAGGAUUGACUGAACGCAGAGCUGAAGGGCCCAUCGUGACUGUUUUCUCUGUUGACGUCGAGCGACCUCCAUCACCCUACGACGACCAACCUUGACUGACUGAAGAGGAGGAGGAGAAGAAGAAGAGCUGGAAAACAGAAAGGAGGAGGAGUAGACAAACGGAGAGAAGUUGCUAAUCUCUUCCCAGUCGGUCUUUCUUACAUGUCUGUUGUGCAUCUGAAUCCCUCACUCCAAAAGCAAGAAAAAGAAAAAAAAUUACAAUCUUUCCGAGGGAACAGAAAAGAACCACUUCGUUAGCUUAACAUUUGUAGCGUGUUUUUUUUGUUUUUUUAAUAGUGUUUCUUUUCUUUUAACUGUUUUACAAAAAGAGAGAUAGUGUGUCUGUCAUGUAAUGCAAACUUAUAAGCUGCAGGAAUGCACCGAUCCUGAUGAGAUAAAAGGAUUAUUUCAGUGACCUUCAAUAACUCACUCACUCAAAAUUCAAACCAAAUUUAGGUUGGUGCUGGUGAUCUCGAACAGAGAAAGAUUUUUUAUCUUUUUAGUAAUUAAUUUGACGUAUUGGUGCAUUCCAAAAAAAAAGAAAGAAAAAAAAGGAAUUUGUUAAAUUACAGCUCCCUCCCUCGUUUCAUUAUGUGUCAACAGAGAGUAACAUAAUAUAACACAGUAAUUCAUUUUUUACAGUAACAAGUAAGAACUGCUUAUUUUUGUUUUUUAAAUUAAAUAAAACAAUUAAAACGCAUUCAAAUGAAUGUUAGAACCAGCCGCGUCACAUUAGCACAUUUUAUUACUAACAGUUACAGAAAGUAGGGAGCUGUAGCUUAAAAUCUCGCAGUAAAAACAAUCAACCAGGUUUUUUGAAUUUUUAUGAUUGUGUCUUUUUUUUUUCCUGUAAGUAUAGUUAUUAUUCAUCCACAUUCCUUGUUUGUCGACUAGCUGAUGAGUGAGUUCAUUUUCAGUUCAAUUCACUUUUUACUCCGCUCUAAGAAGAGAAGACGUUUUACCAUUUACAGUAGGUGGGAAUGGAAGGAACAUUAAUUAGGCUCACAAAGCCAAAAACAAGUGGGAUUAAUUCCUUGUGAUAUAUUUGUAAGUUUUACUGUAUUAAAGAAUACAUUUUUACUAAAUUGACUGAAAAUGAACUGACUGUAAAGCUGUCAUAUACAACUUGUGUACAGUAAAAGUUAAGGUUAAUAGUUGGGAGCAGCAAUGCAGCUUUUAAUUAGCUAAACGCUCUCCCUGGGCCCGCCCACUGUACGACACUAGCCAUUCCUAUUGGGCCCCAGGGAAGCAAGGGAGCAGUGAACUGACUUUUUGAUUGGGAGAGAGGACCAGUAAACUAAAGGAUAAUUGGGAGAUAGAGGUGGCAUUGUGUAGUGCCAACUAACAACUUUGGGAGUGAAAAAGAAUUUGAUGCAUGUUAGCAAGUUAAUCUCAUGUUAUUUUGCAUCCUGAAGUGAGUUAAAGCUGUUUUAAAAUGCUUAAUACAAUCUGCUAUUUAAGCACAGGUACCAAAAUGAGGACAUACAGUAACUUGAAAAACAGUCCCAAAUUCAGAAUAAUGGAUUUUUUUUUUUAGCAGAGCCUGUUUGUCGUCAUAGUUCAACACUUAAUUUCACGCCCAGCUUCUUUUCCUACCAGACUAGAUAAUGCCAACGAACCCUGCUAGAUAUAAUGAGAUCUGGGAUUAAAUUGAGCAUGUCUUCACACAUUUUUAUCUUGAGCAAGUCUAGAUAGAAGGCUACAGCGUUGAUUGGUUUGAGAGUGUGUAGAUCACAGAUUAUCUCGGCUCAUACAGUACGUCUAGAUAAGAUUAUCUACGACCUGACGCCGCCGGCUGUGUUGUAACUGUUUCCCCGCAACCAAAUAUUCUUCAGCAUUAAAGUAAGUUUUAUAUGUUUUUUGGAACUGUUCAACAUUCAACACUCUGCCGGUACUCUACGAACAGAAGCAGUUACAACAUAACUGCAAAAUGCAGCUUAAAGGGAAGCGUAUCCGAGGGUUUUUGAAUUGCUCUUGAAACCCCUUGAUGUUUUAUUCAUUUUUGAUGUCCUAUUACCCGAAUGUUCCACAAAAAUGUGACUUUGCGUAAAAUGCAUUAAAUGGGUUAGAACCAGGUGCUUGGUCUAGUGCAUUUAGUCGUCAAGAGAUUUUCAGUGUGAGCUGCGGGAAAAACAAAAAAAUAUUCUCUUAAAAUGUAAUUGAUCGUAAAGAAGUGCCGCAGAUUAAUAUGAAAAACAUUCCACCUGUACCUGCCUAGAUUUGUCUUAACCCUCCAGUCUGACUGGACGUAGAGGCAUUUUGAAUUAGUGAUUUUAUCUUUUUUUUUUUAAAUAUUAACGCACAUUCUCCCCGUACCGCUUAAUUUUUCUCAAGUUUAUGGCUUUCUUUCUGGGCUAAGGCAUGUCCAUACGAUGGAGUGGUUGACUGUCUAGGCUUUCUAUUGGGAAACACUGGCCUGACCUCUUCUAUGCAGUUAAAGUACAUUCCAGAUGAGGGGGAAGCUUUAAUCUCUAACGCUCUUGCAAAGCCACAAAGCAGCAGAAUUUCUUUUUUUAAACAAACCGUGCAACGCUAGGCAGCUUUGGAAGCUUUCACUGUUUCAAAAGAAAUCACUUAAAAAGCAUUGGUUAUAUCACAACAACUGUAUUUGUAGAUUUAAUUUUCUCUGUGAAACUGAUCUAGUUGUUGAAAGAUGGGAUUUAAUGUGCGCUCUAUUGGAUAUUUUUAAUAUUGUCAGUGUGUUUGACAUUGGAGGAACACACCACUAUAAAUCAAAUUGUCUGCCACCAUUUCUUCUUUGUACUUUUAGCUCCAGGUUUAACCUCUUUUCAGGGGUCUGGGCUCUUUUAACCAAUCACAGGAGCUUUUAGUGCGGCUGCGGUCUGGUUUUCCAAAAUGUUGGAAUUGUAUUUGAGGUUAAUUAAAAUGCAAUCAAAAAAUGUAUGUCUUGCCAUCAGUAACAUUUAUUAAGAUACAGCACAGCACAGACAGUACUUACAGUGGCAGCUUCAUAGUCAAUCCGAGCAACUGAUUCUACGCCAGCUGAUUUUAAAACUGUCCAUUUUGUAUUUUAACUAUUUAAAAACUCCCAACAAAAACUUUGUAAAAAGAAAAAGAAAAAAAGAAACACAUCUUGUAAAACCAACCACAGCUGCCUCAUCAUUCCCGCUUUAGCCAACCAAU